CUUCAUCAUCAGAGUACUUUUAGGGAGAGAUGUUUUGCAGAGCGCAGUGCGACACAGAGUUCUGCACAAGAUAAGAGAUAAGAGAAAACAAAAGAACCAAAGAAAAGAGAGGACGAUUUCUGUUUCUUUAGGACUCUUUGACCCAAGAAGCCUCUUGGCAGAACCGUCCCAGCCCUUCCUGGCUGUGCCCCCCUCGUCUGGGAGAGAUGGACCGAUCCACACAGGAGCUCUUUCUGAACUUCAUGAUCGUGCUGAUCACAGUUCUGCUCAUGUGGUUGCUCGUCAGAUCCUAUCAGGAGGCAUGAACAUUUCGGCCUGGAAUGAGAGAAUGUGGAAGAGCUGGCCGCCGUGAUCGGCACGUGCUGAUUCAGUGCCAAAUGUUGUGGUUAUGAUUUGCUUACAUUAACCAUGUAAUAUGAAGAAUAAUUCGACUGUGACUCUUGACACCUUUUCUUGCGUUUAUGUACUUUUGCACAACUUGUGAACCAUUUGCAUUUCCAAAGAAUGUGUUAACUUUAUAAAUUUAAGCUUAAAUUGAUCUAACUUUUAAAGUUGUGCUUCCAAUAAAGAAAAGGAAAAGAA